CCGGUUCGAACACCCGGAACCGCCGCCUCUAGGGAUGGACGGUCAGACCCUGCGAAAGGCUCAGAGAAGUCGGUCCUGCUCUCGGGAGAAAAAGGAGGGUGACACUAAGGACAUGGUGACAGACUUUGAUGAGAGGCACGAUGAGUAUUUAAUAUUGCUUCAGCAGAGGAACCGGAUCCUGAGGCAUCUGAGAGCCAAGGACCCCGCGCAGCUGAGGCUGCAGCACCUGGAGCAGGGCUUCUCCGUCUACGUCAACGGGGCCAACUCGGAGCCCAGGACCUCCCCGCGGAAGGCCGCGCACGCCGAGGGCCCGCUUGAUCAUGGACGGAGACUCCCACUUCGAGAAGCUGAGGACAUCGUAAGACGCAAGGCCCAGCGCCGAGCAUGGCACCAGAAAUCAGUGCAGAUCCGAACAGAAGCUGGCUCCCGGCUCCACAUCCAGCCUCCUCUGGACUAUUCCGAAGAUUUUGAGCCCUUGGAGGAUGUGACUGUCGAGGCAAAGGACACUUCUGGAGACCGUCCACAGGAUUCCAAGUCUCCCCCGCGCACCACACGCUGUGACUUCAGGUUCUCCCUCCUGAAGGCGCGAGAGCACCCCGAGCCUCCAGGCAGCACUGACAAGGACAGGAUCCUCCUCACGAUUCAGGAUGUGACGGAACUCAGGAAGAGUCUGGAAGCGCGUGUCAGCCGGCAGAGGACCCAGGAGGACUGUUCCAGCGACGAGUACGAUUCUAUCGAGGAGGACGUGCUCCCCGAGCCCGAGCCUGGGGACCCGGCCCCCGGGGGAUGCCCCAGAGACGACCCUGCUCCGUCCUGUGGGGUCCCAGAACCGACGGACGUAUCCGAGGACCAGGAGGCAGGACGGCCUCCCCAGCGCCCGGAGCCCCUCGUGGUGCUGGAGUUCAACCCGGCCUCCAAAAGUCACCAGAGGGAGAGGAGUCUGUCAGCCAAGCGGAAGGACGACCCCGAGGUCUUCAUUCCCACCAAACCUGACCUGAACCGGAACCCCCAGCCGCCCACGGUGGCCCUGGACCAGGAGAGGGCCUGCUCCCGACCCAGCAGCAGGCGAGAGCGACCGCUGUCAGCAACCCGCAAACCCGUGUGCACCUCCGCGGACCCCGAGGAGGCCGCCUCCGAGGUGCUGCGUGCCAUCCAGGUGGAGAACGCCGCCCUGCAGAGGGCGCUGCGCGGCGGGAAGGCCCCGCCCACCGGGAAGGCCCCGCCCACCGGGAAGGCCCCGCCCACCGGCCCACAGGAUGCCGAGGGGCCACCAGCAAAACCGUGGAGCAGUCUGCUGCCCGCCAAGGAGGAGGCCGCUGAGCCGCCUCCCAAGGCCCUGGUGACCAGCAGUCCUGAGCCCCCGGGGACGGCAGUGGGAGCCAGAGCCGUGGACCAAGCCAUUGACAGAAUCGGCCUCUGGGGAAGCAGACAACAGCAGAAGUUUCUGGAAGUCCUGCAGGCCAUCGAGAGUGACUCCGCCCAUUUCAGCGGGAUUGUUGUUUCAAGCAAGGAGCGAGCACAGGACCCAGAGGACAACUGGAGGAUGGCGCCAGGGGACAUGGGCGAUGCCGUCUGUGUGACCAUGGAGAUCCUGUCCACCUGGGGCAGCGUGUCCCGGGUGGGCCUCACGGAGGUCGAGUUCUUCGAUGUGAGCAACACAAAGCUCUACGUGUCUCCUCACGACGUGGCCGUCCGGAGCUCCGGCUCCCCAGGGGAGCUGGGCAGUCUGGUCAACAGGAACUUAGCCAGCGAGAGGGACCCCCCUGUGUGGACCUGCCCCUUCCGCCCGCCACUCCAGCUGCGUUUUGUCGUCAGGAACCCGAGGCAGCACCCCGACUUCCGUCUGGCCAAGGUCAAGGUGGUGAACUACUGGACAGAGGACGGCGACCUCGACGUUGGUGUCAGGAACCUGAAGCUUUAUGUCAACGAGAGCCUCAUCUUCGAGGGCGCGUUGCAGAAAGGAGACGGGGCGGCGCCGGCUGGUCACACCUUCCCCGUGGACCUGGAGCCCGAGAGGAGCGAGGGCGCCCUGGACGCCACUCGCUGUGACGGAGGCAGAGAUGCCCCCCAGGUGGCCGGCAGGGACGGGGACAAGGAGCCCAGCCCCACCGGCUCACAGCCCGCAGAGGCCUUGAUGGACGUCAAGUUUUCCCCACGAGGAAAUCCAUCUGGUGGAAGGGCGAGUCCUCCUGGUGGCACCAGAGGUGACCUGUCCAGGUCGGAGGAGGAUCUGAGGGUGUUGGCAGCGCCUGCCCCCACGGGCCGCGUGCCCAGCGCCCCUCCCUGCCCGCCCCCUCUGGACAGGGAGCCCCCGCCACCCCAGCAGCUGGGAGGCCUCACGGGCAGGGGGUCCUCUGAGCCUCCGGGGAGGACGCCCUGCUGGCUGCGGCCCUCUCCCGUGGGCGAGGCCGGGCAGAAGGCAGCGGGGAAGCCCCGGCCCCUGUGGCUUGGCCCUGGGGAGCCGCUGGGCCAGGAAGGCCGUCCCCCAUCCGAGGACACCACUGGGGAGACCCCUGGAGAGCCCGUGGCCAAGGACAAAGGCCCCCAGUGCGACCAAGGGCAGGCGACCAGCGGGACUGCCAUCGCCAGGGAGAGGCCCCAGAGGGAGUCACCCAAAGUCUCCAGUGACGACCUGGACUUGUUUGGCCAGCCCCCCACCAGGGGGCGCCCUGCCAGUGGGCGGAGGGGCCCGAGGAAGGAGGCCCCCGGCAGUGGGCACGGGGACGACCAGGCAGCCAGCCGAGGACACACGGUGCCCAUUAGAGGGGUGGAUGGCAGCUCCGUGGAAACUGAAGACACAGUGUGGACAGGGCUGGGCCUGCCGAGCGGUCACCAGAGCUGGACGACGUUGGCGGAGGAGGGAGCCGGACCUGGAGAAGACACGCGGGCCGCCCGGGCGCGCUGGCGCAGCGAGCAGGACCUCUCUCUGCGCGCGUCCUGGGACUCCCUCGGUGCCUUCGACCGCUCCCACCGCGGCCGCAUCUCCAACCUGGACGUCCAGGGCGACGUCCUGGACGAGUUCCUGCAGCAGCAGAGGAGUGGCCGCCUCGGGGACCAGCCGCCCCCCUGGAGGGAGGAGGAGCCGGGCCCCCCCAGGGGGCAGGGCGACUGCUCUGUCGACACCGAGGGCGACGGUGACUUCAAGAUCCCCGUGUUGCCUUACGGACAGCACCUGGUCAUCGACAUCAAGUCCACCUGGGGGGACAGACACUACGUGGGCCUCAACGGGAUCGAGAUCUUCAGCGCCAAGGGCGAGCCCGUGCAGGUCCUGAGCAUCAGGGCCGAGCCCCCCGACAUCAACGUCCUCCCGGCCUACGGGAAGGACCCCCGCGUGGUGGCCAACCUCAUCGACGGCGUGAACCGGACCCAGGAUGACAUGCACGUCUGGCUGGCCCCCUUCACGCCCGGCAAGCCCCACGCCAUCUCCGUGGACUUCGCCCAGCCCUGCCACGUGGCGCUGAUCCGGGUCUGGAACUACAACAAAUCCCGGAUCCACUCCUUCCGCGGCGUGAAGGACGUGGUGAUGUGGCUGGACGCCCAGUGCAUCUUCGACGGAGAGAUCGCCAAGGCCUCGGGGACGCUGACGGGAGCCCCGGAGCACUUUGGGGACACCAUCUUAUUCACCACUGACGACGACAUCCUGGAGGCCAUCUUCUGCUCCGACGAGACGUUCGAGGUGGACGUGGAGGCCCCGGGCAGCCUGCAGCUGGAGGAGGCGCCGGGGAGGCCCAGCACGGCCGACGGCGAGGGCCACGAGCGCCCCUUCACCCAGGCCGGCUCCUGCGCAGACGGCCAGGUCCCCGGGCCAGAGCUGCCGCCCAGCCCCCCGGUCACCCCUGUCGCCGAGGUCAGCACGCCAGAGCCCGGCAUCUACCACGGGAUCUGCCUUCGGCUGAAUUUCACAGCCUCCUGGGGGGACCCGCACUACCUGGGGCUCACCGGCCUGGAGGUGGUGGGCAAGGACGGCCAAGCUCUGCCCAUCCUCCUGCGCCAGGUCUCCGCCUCCCCCAGGGACCUGAAUGACCUCCCUGAGUACACGGAGGACUCGCGCACCCUGGACAAGCUGAUUGACGGAGUCAACAUCACCAUGGAGGACGAGCACAUGUGGCUGGUCCCCUUCUCGCCGGGGCUGGACCACGUGGUCACGAUCCGCUUCGACAGAGCCGAAAGCAUCGCGGGCCUGCGGUUCUGGAACUACAAUAAAUCUCCCGAGGACACCUACCGAGGGGCCAAAAUCGCCCACGUGUCCCUGGACGGCCUGUGUGUGUCACCCCCCGAGGGCUUCCUCCUCCGGAAGGGGCCAGGCAACUGCCACUUCGAUUUUGCUCAAGAAAUCCUCUUCGUGGACCACCUGCAGGCUCGGCCGCGGCCACAGCCGGCCAGGAGGCUCAGCACGAGGACCGCGGAGCGCGCCAGCAUGGACUACGAGGCCCCGCUGAUGCCCUGCGGCUUCAUCUUCCAGUUCCAGCUGCUGACCAGCUGGGGCGACCCCUACUACAUCGGGCUCACGGGGCUGGAGCUGUACGACGAGCGCGGAGAGCGGAUCCCCCUGUCGGAGAGCAACAUCGCGGCCUUCCCCGACAGCGUGAACUCGCUGGAGGGCGUGAGCGGGGACGUGCGGACGCCGGACAAGCUGGUGGACCAAGUGAACAACACCAGCGACGGCCGGCACAUGUGGCUGGCCCCCAUCCUGCCCGGCCUGGUGAACCGCGUGUACGUGAUCUUUGACCUGCCCACCACCGUGUCCAUGAUCAAGCUGUGGAACUACGCCAAGACGCCGCAUCGCGGGGUGAAGGAGUUUGGUCUCCUGGUGGACGACCUGCUGGUGUACAACGGGGUCCUGGCCAUGGUGAGCCACCUGGUCGGGGGCAUCCUGCCAACGUGCGAGCCCACGGUGCCCUACCACACCAUCCUCUUCACCGAGGACACGGACAUCUGUCACCAGGAGAAGCACACGGCCAUCAGUAACCAGGCAGAGGACCAGGACGUCCAGAUGACAAACGACAACCAGGCCGUCACCAGCUGCAGAAGGAAGCCGAGCGCGGCCGACCCAGCUCUGCGCCCCAAAACCUGCAUAAGUGAGAAGGAGCCAGCCAGGCGGUGGCGGUGCUGACGUGCAGAGCCCCACCGUCAGUGUCACCAGCCAGGAUCCCGAGGCUGGAGAACAUAGCACAGAGGGACAGGAGACUCUGGGGUGACAGCCCUGGAAACCACUGGGGACAGGCUGCCGCUGCAGAGGGUGGCAGUGCCCUGCAACGCGGGCUGCUGCAGAGAGUCAGGGAUGCCUGCUUUGCCUCUCCAGCAAGUCUGGCCCGUGACCACUCGGACCCGCUGACCAUGGCCUGUGACCACUCGGACCCGCUGACCCUGCCUCACGCCUGGGUGCGGUGUGCGGGGCGUCCGUCUGGUCCGUCUGUCCAGCUUCUUAGGCCAGGACAGGGUUGGGGGGAGGCCAGGCCUCAACCCUAGCCCCUCCAUGCAUAGGUGCCCCAGAGGAGGCCAGCCCAGCUGUGGUGGCCCCACCUCCCCUGCAUGCCUGCCCCACUGGGAGUUGGCGGAGCCUACAGGGUGCCGUUGUUGGCCCCUCAAGAUCUGCCCGGACUGCCACCGUCCCCUCGUGUAUCCAGGGUCCCCCAGGCCCUUCAGGGGUGAGCCUGCAGGACCUCUGGCCUCUUGCAGAGCCUGGGACAGGACUGGCCGUGGUGUGUGUCCUGCUGAGGGAAAGGGGGAGCUGGGUCCACCAGGGCUCUGGACACGGCCUGGGGGAGUGAGGACCACCACCCUGGGGCCAGGCGCAGCACCUCCCCCUUGAACUUGAACUUGGCCUGGCUGCUCCCUGCCCUGGCCCUGCCCUCUGACCCCUGGCCUCUUCCUACGCAUCCCUGCCUGUGCCGCGGUCGGCCCCUGGAGUGACAGGGAGGCUCCGGUGCCCAGGCCCCGCCCUCCUCCCUCCGGGUGGUCGCGCCUGGACGGGUGCCUGCGCCCCCGGGCCGAGCGGAGCCCCCGCGGCUGUUCCCAUCCCUGUAACCAGCUCAGAUCGGGCACCUAAUUGGUUCCCGUGGUGGGUCAUUUCUCGUUCCCAUAUUAAUCCGCUGCCUUCCUGGCGCCAGGCCCGGCCUGCGCGGUGCGGUUCUCCCGCACGUUCCUGCGCAACCGCGGCCCGGGCUUUAUGGGCUCCGCAGCCCGCGCGCGGGGCCACGCGGAUGCGCUUUGCGUUGGGAGCUCGGCUGAUGCGGAGGUAGGAACCGCUUCCCCGGAGAAGAUCCAUCCUCGCCAGCUCCGGCCGCGGCUCCAGAUGUGCCGAGCCCGCCCGGCCUCCCGCUCCCACUCGAAAGCUGCCCCCGGAGCCGGGCUGGUCACCCAGACAGUGCCAUUGCCCUGAAGGGACCCCCAUCCCGCCCCAGGCACGGGAGACGCUGCACACUGGCUGCCAGGACCCGGUGGGUCUCACAACCGACGUGUGCACCCUGCAUUGCAGGGGGGAGGAAAGGAGCUGUGGAGGCAUUAACUGGAAAAUAAAUGUCUAUUUUUUUCUCUUGCAAAAUCAAUAAAAGAUGUUAUUAAGAAUGGA